GUGGGGUUGGUGGGGUUAGUGUGGUCGGAGAGAAAGGCGACGACACCCGACAGCUGAGGCAGGGCGGUCUUCAGGCGAGACCCCUGCUGUUAGUUACCACGGCGCAAUCCCACCCACCGCCUUUCCAACGUUCGAUCCGGCCCACCUGGACUCAUUUGACCUGUCCCAGCAACACCGCACUCCAGCAGCUUGCGGCCAUUUUCGAGGCCCAUGAUGUCGGCAAGUAAGGCGUCUCGGUUAGGGGAAGAGAUCUGGAAAACGCGCAUCGACAAAGUCAACUCGGAGCUCGUCGUCCUCACGUACGGAACCAUUGUCGCGCAGCUCUGCAAGGACUUUGACAGCGACUAUGUCGAGGUCAACAAGCAGCUCGACAAGAUGGGAUACAACAUUGGCCUGCGCCUGAUUGAGGACUACCUGGCCAAGUCCAACACGAUGCGGCGGUGUGCAAACUUUCGGGAAACGGCCGAGAUGAUUGCCAAGGUCGGGUUCAAGAUAUUCCUCAACAUAACGCCGACAAUCACCAACUGGACGAGCGACAGCAAGCAGUUCUCGCUCGUCUUCGACGAGAACCCGCUCGCAGACUUUGUCGAACUGCCCGACGACGGCCGCGCGCAGGACGAACUCUGGUUCUCAAACAUCCUGUGCGGAGUGCUGAGGGGCGCUCUCGAGAUGGUGCAGAUGCAGGUCGAGGCGCACUUCAUCAGCGACGUGCUCAGGGGCAACGACACAACCGAGAUGCGCAUCAGCCUUAUACGGUAUAUUGACGACGAACUGCCGCCAGAGGACGACUAGACACUAUGUUGCCCUCCAUUUGGGGUUUGAGAAAACAAGGCGGAGGUGCUGUUCGAGCCGUAGUUCCCUUUUCCGAGUGAUUGUGGUUCUGGUUCAAGUUGGAGUCCUGGCAUGACGGGACAUGGGACGCGAGCAUGUGGGGCUGGGGUCGUCGGGCGACUGCUGGGGAGAUGCGGUCCGUAUUGUUGAAUACCCCUUCCGGCUCUCAAACGUAGCGCAUCCCUUGCCGGUCUCCCUGAUGCAAGUGCGAUGAGUGACGAGGCCAUGC